AUGUCUCCACGUGGCAUUUUGAGCUGGUCGGAGCAAGAAGAAGAGAACCUUUUGCAAUGGUUAGAUGAAACCCGUGCAUUGCCAUGGAAAGAUCUUCCGGGCGCAUACAGAGAAAAGUUCGGCGUGGACCGAAGCGUUGAAUCCUUACGAGGCAAAAAGUACCAUAUUUUGCGGAAGAAUGGUCGCACGACCGCGCGAUCUCGGAAACGUCAAGAUCACCGUAAACGACGAGAGCCUCGCCGCCGCUCGAUUGAACAGACGGUCAUACACUCAGACGCUUCAGCCGACGCGGCAACCCACAGCAACAUCGAUCUAUGGUUCCAGACAGUUCUUGCGUCUGAAUCUGGUUCUGCCGAAAGUAGCGAGUCAGCGGUGACAAGAGGCUGGAUUUCAGAUCGCCUGACGCCAGCGCUUAGAAAUUACCGACCCAAGAAAUUACGAUCGUCGUCAUGGAUCUGGGAGUAUGUACAUCGGAUGUGUGCCACUGGGAGAAUGGACCUCUAA